AUGCAACAAACAGCAGUUUGCACGUACAACAGGUUUCAAAAGCCCCAUGUUGACCCUACCUUCGAAUCGGGCGUCCCUAUUCUCGGAAUUUGCUACGGUCUCCAGGAGAUUACCCACCAUCUACACGCCUAUAACGUUGUCGCCGGUAUAGCCCACGAAUAUGGUCACGCUGACCUAAAGGCCACUCGCUUUGGAGGCCAUGUUGAUAAGUUGUACGAGGGUCUUGAGGAUUCGAUGCCAGUCUGCAUGUUCCACGGCGAUAAGGUAGGCCAUUCGAAAUUUGAGGCUAGCGCCUCAGUGUGA